AUGGCUGGAUUUUCGUUGGAAGAUGAGGAUAACGAUGAAUCGUAUAACUUAAGGUCAUCGCGUUCUAAUGCCAAGUCGAAAUCGAGGUCCUCGGCUGCUACCAGAACCAAUCCUAGGGCGUCUAAGAGAGCUCGACUUUCCCGUGCUAGCGCCAGUAAAGAGUUGAGUCACGUAGACAAGAUGAGAUUGUCUUUCGAAGAUUUCGAUGAAGCUUUGAGCGGGUUCAAUGAAUCUCCUGGCUAUGAGAGAAGCAAGAAUACGGAUUUAUGGGUUGACAAAUACAGGCCUCGCACCUUGGAAGAGCUCGCUGUUCACAAAAAGAAGGUUGAAGAAGUUAAGUUGUGGUUUGAGGAAAGCUUGAAUUCCUCAAAGCAGGAUGGUUUUAGGAAUAAUGUUCUACUAGUCACGGGGCAAGCUGGAGUCGGGAAAUCUGCUACUAUCCAUUUGGUUGCGUCUAUCCUUGGAGUCACAGUCUAUGAGUGGAACGCUCCUAUUCCUACGGUCUGGCAAGAACAUUUGCACAACUCAAGUUCAGGACUCAAGUACACAUCGAAGCUGGAUGAAUUUGAAAACUUUGUUGAGAGUAGUAGAAAAUACGGAGUGAUUGCUUCGUCGAGUAGUGGGGGAACAAAGUCGCCCGUUGUUCUUUUGAUUGAUGACCUACCUCUAGCCAAUGGGAGGCAUGCAUUUGAAAGGCUGCAAAACUGCUUAACUCUCUUGGUGCGAUCAACGCAGAUGCCAACAGUGGUAUUAAUCACUGACUACGAUAAAACGGAUUCUUCUGAACAGACUGCGCGAAGCAUGGAGGACGUUCAGUCCUCUCUUGAGCGAGCAGGGGCUUUAAAGGUCGCUUUUAAUCCCAUUACGAAGAACUCAAUUAAGAAGACACUUAAGAGAAUAAGCAGUGAAGAGCAUUGUAAGGUAUCGACUGUAGAGAUUGAUCAGAUGGCGGGUGCCAGUGGAGGAGACAUCAGACAUGCUAUUACAUCUUUGCAGCUCUUCUCCGUUAAGCCAGAACUGAAUCAUACAAAGAUAGAAUCACCAAUGGAUAACAGUUAUCAGGGAAAUGAGCCGACAAUGCACAGUGAAAUAUCUUCCUGUUUUGGUAGAGAUGAGACCCUUUCCUUGUUUCACGCCCUGGGAAAGUUUCUCCACAACAAAAGAGAGACUGAUAAUGUUAUCGUAUCAGAUUGCAGUGACUCCCUUGUGCAUGACCAGUUUGCAAGGUUACCACUGAAAAUGGAUGCGCCGGAGAAGGUUCUUAGCCAAGCUCAUGGACAGGCAGGGCGAGUUGUGGAUUUUCUACAUGAAAAUGUGUUAGAUUUUGUGAGUGACGGAGCCAUAGAAGAUGCCUGGUGUGUAUCUUCGUAUUUGGCAGAUGCUGAUCUCCUUCUCGCAGCCUUGAGAGGAAAGAUGAGUGGGCAUAACAAAAGAGAGGAUGUUCUAGAGUCAGCCGGUGCCUCAGUAGCUGUUCGUGGUGUCUUGUAUGGAAACAAGCAACCAUGGUCAUCCAGAUGGCACGCGAUUCGCAAGCCAAAACUCUGGCAAGUGGAACAAUCCUCAAUACAAACCAAGAAGCAACUGAGAGAGCAGAGGAACAUAGGCUCUGUGGGGUCAAGAGUGGCAGAUACAUCAGUGAUGGCCACAGAGUACAGCCCCGUGCUGAAAUGGCUAAGCUACAGGGCGUCUCCAGAUGUGUUUGCAGAAAUGGAGGAAGCUACGGAUGAGGCCGAGAGUGAAAUUUCUGAAGAUGAUGAAAUAGAAGACUGGUGA